AUGAUCAAUAAAUUCUCAUUAAAAUUUAAAGAUAAGGAUUUGGAAUCACUAUACCAAACAUUCAUGCUAGAGAAAAUAUAGUAUCCAGUAUUUAUGGUUUUAGGGAUUUUUUCUAUCGUGAUAUUAGGAAUCAAGAAUAUUGAUGGCUUGAUAAAUAAUAAUCAGAGCCAAUUUAUACUUAAAAUAGUUGGAUUUUGCGUAUUUCUUGUAGUCAGCAUCAUCAGCUUUUGCUAUAAAAAAUUUACUAGAAUUGGUUUUUAUGUUAUCAACCAUUUCUUAAUGUUAUACUAAAUAAACUAAAGGGAGAACGUUGUGUAACAUACAUAUCUUUUUGGUUAAAACUAAAUGUUUGUACAUUCGGUAGUAAUGUUAGUGAGUGAUUUUCCAGAUGGAAUAAUUACAAACUUCACUUGGACGGUUAUUAGAAUGACAAUCGCCAAUACAUUAGAUACAAAUCUGGACUAUCAAGAUCAAAUAUACUCGGUUGCAGUUUUCUUUUGUCUUUGUCUUUGUAUAUACAUCAAAAAUGUGCAUUUACGAAAGGCAUAUAUGUUCUCAAUUAGAGACAGUUCAUGGGGUAUUAAUUUAUAAUAACCUAACUUAAAGAGGUUUUAUUACCUUAACUUAUAUCGAAGCCGACAUUCAUAUUCACUUGCAACGAAGAGAAAUAACAGUUUUAGAUUUCUAGAAUGAUUCAAAUGCACUUUCUGAUGAAUGUAGAGAAUCCUUUGUUGCACUUCUUAAGAAACACGAGAAUAGGUAAUAAGACAUUAGAAUAAUAUAUAUGGGACAAGACUAAAUAAAGGUAAAAUACUUCAAUCAGGUACACAAUCGAAAACCUCAGCGUUCAUUACAACAAGAAAUAAUAACAAAUUACAUUCUCUGAGUGCCAUUUAGACACAGUCACAUUUAUACUUGUGAUCGACUCAGAAGACAAAGGAUUCAUUGAAUUGAGAAAAAAGCAGUAAAACAUUUAGGAACAACAUACAAAUCAAAUUCUGAAGGUGUUUAAAAGUCAGUAAAAUAUUCUUAGGAAAGGGUUGAAAGAGAAGAGUUUUGAUUUAUUUUUUGACUUAAACAUAGCAAUGGUAUAAAUGAUUUAAAGAUGCUAAUUGAAUAAGAGUUGCUUGAAAUUAGUAAAUCUAACGAAUUUGCUCGAUUAUAUAAUAAAAUAAUUUUAGUAAACAGAAAGAUUUGAAUACGAUUUCUAGUGCAAUUAAAAUAUCUUAUUGUUAACAAUCUAACCUUUAUUGAUUUCAUAUUUACUAUAUUUAUUUUAGAACAUGAGGCAAUUCAACCAUAUUAUGAUAGAUUUAUCCAGAAUAAAUGGUCAAAUAUAGCUUCAAAUAUUGGGAUAGAUUUAGAAGGAGAUGGAUUCAUUUUAUGAAGAGGUAGAAAAAAUCUUAAUAAAAAAAAAAAUAUUAAUACAACCCUGUAAUUAUAUUUCGUAUAUCUAGGUACUAUAUUGAUAUUCAAUGAAUCUCCAAUGUUAUCCUUUAAUUCUACUAUAAUUCCGCAGUGUUAUAUUUGA